AUGAACUCUAUAAAUGAUCCGUUGUACAUAGAAGAACUUGUAGCAGCCAGCCACCUCAACCACAGCUUCAGCCACCACAACGGAACAAUGACUAUGCACCAUCACCACCAUCACUCCCAUCACCUCAGUGACUCCAAUCCCAUUUUGUCAGGAUCUGAAUCUGCGCUAUCGUCUCCGCCACACGGAUCCGGCCAUAACACGACAAUCGCCCACAGAACCGUAACUCCUUGUGAUGUGGGAUCUGACAGAUCAG